GAGACGACAAUGCCGUUAGUUUCGCCGACGUUGAUCACCAUCCGCAUCAGCUCCUGAUAAACCAGAGACGGGGAACGGCGAAUCGGCGAAGCUUUCUACUGUUCAAUGACUAUGGCAGAACGCCGAAUCCUCCAACAUUCUUGACCGGAUCGCUGCAUUCACCCAAUCGCGUAGCAUACCAUCGGAGGAAGCUCCAUUGCCCAGGUCGAAGAACAGGGGACGCGGAUCCAUGUUCGUCUGAGACACCGCUUUGCUUCCUCUCCGAUUCGGAUCCGAGAGAGAGAGAGUUUGGGGGGUGUUCGUCGGAAAUGGCUACCAGGAUCUUCGAGUAUUUCGUGGUGUGUGGUCUCGGGCCUGAAAUCCGAACCCUAGACGGGAACAAGGGGUUCCAUGGGACGGGAAUCAUGUACAUGCCGUCUCAGCUCGACCAGUUCCCCUCGUCAGAUCACUCUCUUUACCCUCCUCCGCCUCCUCAGCUCUCCACCUGUGUCUUGCCUGCUGGUGUGGAGGUCUAUUCCUCGGGCUUUGAUUCGAACAACCCUUCAACCUUUCCACGUAGCUAUCCGAUAGUUUUAACUGAGGGAGAUGGCUCAAAAAUUUACGUCAGCUGUAUCGCUUUUCGAGAUCCUGUCAGUGAGGAUAUAGCUGAAGCCUACCGUAUUCCGCCAAAUUCAUUUGCUGACAAAUGUAUAUGUCUUGUUUCACACUCCCCCAGCUUCCGUGUUCUUCGGAAUGCAUUGGAGGAAAUACAUGCACUUUGCUUUUCAGAUGGUGGAAGUAGCAAGCCAUUAUGGGAAGCUAUAGCAUACAUGGUGACAAAUGUGCCUUUGCCUACUCCUGGAAAGGACAGAGUGCUGUUCUCCAUCGAGAACUGCCUGCUUGCAGUAGAGGCUCCACCAAAGGAUGGGCUCCCUCAUGCUGAUAUUUCGUUUCAGCCACUUGUACAAUGCUUGGAUAUUGACAAUCUCAUCAAGCUGUUUACUGCCGUAUUGCUUGAGAGAAGGAUUUUGCUUCGAUCUAACAAGUACUCGCUCUUAACCCUUGUGUCAGAAGCUAUGUGCCAUUUGAUCUAUCCAUUCAGGUGGCAGCACGUCUACAUUCCGUUAAUAUUUUUCAGUGGAGUUGACUAUAUUGAUGCUCCUACACCGUAUAUGAUGGGUCUACAUUCAGGUGUAGAUACAUCCGGCCCGACGAUGGAUGGUGUAGUUGUUGUGGACCUUGAGUAUAAUCGCAUCACCACAUCAGAAGAAAUACCUCCCAUCCCAGAGCCAGAAUUGAGUUUGCUGCGUGAUGAAAUGACAAAGCUGUUGCAUCCAAAUGUCAUGGGGAUUGAUCUCAUGACAUCAGGUUUAGGGGUAUUGUGCGAGUACUAUCCUAAGCUGGGCAGUAAGCCAUGGGGAGAAGAUCAUGACCUACAAUUCAGAUUAAUUUUCUUGAAGUUUUUUGCAUCCUUAUUGGGUGGAUAUCGCAAUUUCCUAGAAAAUACUGCAACUUCUGCCUUCAAUGUUGAAGCAUUUCUGAGGAAGCGUUCUCGUUCUACCAACCAACCAUCAGACCCCAUGAUAACACAGUUUUUGAAUACUCAAGGCUUCUUGGAUUAUGUGGAGAGAGGUACCAGUCCUGAUGAAAAUAAUGUCAAUCUUCUCGACAAGUUACAAGAUGCAAUUGGGAGGGGCCAAAAUCCUAUUUCAAUCUUUCCCUCAUCCUUGAUGGAGCCUGAGAUUAUAACAAUAUCAGACUCCGAUACAGGAACAUCAGGAUCGGGUGCCAAAUACACCUAUGAUAGGUUUCCUUCAAACAUCAGGUCAGAAGAGGAGGAGGAGAAGAGGAAGCAAAUUCUUGCUGUUGCAAGUGGAGCUUUUGAUUACUCUGGAAGGCAUAGUCCUAGGUCCCCCUCUGUAUUGGUGGGUAAGGAUUCCAAAGUUGAUACUCUGAGUCCUAUGGAGAGGGCUGUAAAGAAGCGGAUGGUACUGGACAUAAAGGUUAAACUUCAGGGUUUGUGGUUGCGGCUCCUUAAAUUGGGAGCAACUGAUGAUCCUCUUUCGUCCUUUGAACAUGGCACCAUUUCUGCUUUAAUAGAAUUUGACGCUGAGGGAAUUGGCGGUAGUGGCUUUGUUGAAUGCAUUAGGGAGCACAUCAAUUCAGGAUGGCAUUGUCAAUUGACUGACGAACAGUUUAUUGCAGUUAAGGAAUUGCUGAAAACAGCCAUUGGUCGUGCAAUCUCUCGGAAUGAUGUUGUGACAAUAAGAGAUGCCCUGGAAGUUUCAGCAGAAAUAUAUAAGAAAGACGCUAAUAAUAUUCCAGACUACAUCCAGCGUCAUAUUCUCUCUAUAUCUAUCUGGGAAGAGCUGAGAUUUUGGGAAGGAUACUUUGACUACCUAAUGGAUCGAUCGUCAAGCAGUUCUGUCAACUAUGCAACUCAAGUGUCCAGUCAGCUAAUAGUGGUUGCAUCACACAUGGCUGGGCUGGGACUUCCUGAUGCCGAUGCUUGGUACAUGAUUGAAACAAUAGCAGAAAAACAAAAAGUUGGAUUCAAGCAGUUUAUAAAGUUGAGAGGAUUCUUGUCACAUAUCCAACAAGUGCGUAUUGGUUAUUGGGGAAACUCAUCUAUAAAAGCAUUAUCAGUUUCAUCUCAGGGAUUACCAUCUCCUUCCACAAAAGAUGCCGCCAGUGAAAAAUACCAACCUGCUGAGGCUUCUGGUGUUGGCAGGAGCUGGGUACAGAGCAUGUUCAGCAAAGACAAUGCUUCAAGAGCAAACUCAUUUGGCCGUGUUGGUAGAUGGACUUCUGAUGGUGGUGCUUCAGCUGCAGAGAAUGGGACCCCACACAGACAAGAUCUGUCAUUAGCAGCACAGAAGAAACUCCAAACAAGUGUUCGUAUGCUAAGGGGUCAUACUGGUGCUAUCACUGCUCUACAUUGUGUAACUAGAAGGGAGGUAUGGGAUCUGGUGGGAGACCGUGAAGAUGCCGGCUUCUUCAUCAGUGGGAGUACUGAUUGUUUGGUUAAGAUUUGGGACCCUAGUCUUCGUGGUUCUGAACUUAGGGGAACUUUGAAAGGACAUACAGGCACCGUUCGUGCAAUAAGUUCUGAUAGAGGAAAGAUCGUGUCGGGAUCCGAUGAUCAUUCUGUCAUUGUAUGGGAUAAGCAGACUUAUCGACUUCUAGAAGAGCUCAAAGGCCACGAUGCACAGGUCAGCUGUGUGCGUAUGUUAUCUGGUGAACGCGUCCUCACUGCUUCUCAUGAUGGAUCUGUGAAGAUGUGGGAUGUUAGGACUGACACUUGUGUGGCAACUGUUGGUCGCUGCUCGAGUGCUGUCUCAUGCAUGGAGUAUGAUGAUUCCAGCGGAAUCCUGGCUGCUGCUGGAAGAGAUGCGGUUGCAAACAUUUGGGAUAUUCGUGCUGGAAAGCAGAUGCACAAGCUUUUAGGGCAUACAAAAUGGAUCAGGUCAAUUAGAAUGGUUGAUGACACUUUAAUUACUGGUAGCGAUGAUUGGACGGCUAGAAUAUGGUCUGUUUCCCGUGGGACAUGUGAUGCAGUUCUUGCUUGCCAUGCUGGGCCAAUCCAGUGUGUUGAAUAUUCUUUAUCAGAUAGAGGCAUAAUCACAGGUUCAACUGAUGGACUUAUUCGUUUCUGGGAAAAGGAGGAAGGGGGUAUAAGGUGCAUGAAGAAUGUCACCAUUCAUUCAUCCGCAAUCGUAUCUAUCAAUGCUGGGGAGCAAUGGUUGGGGAUUGGAGCUGCUGAUAAUUCAAUGUCCCUAUUCCACCGACCACAAGAGCGAGUUGGUGGCUUAUCAAGCAGUGGAUCAAAAGUGGGCGGUUGGCAACUUUAUAGAACACCACAAAAAACCCUUGCUGUGGUGAGGUGCAUUGCUUCAGACCUCGAAAGGAAGAGGAUCUGCAGUGGUGGUCGUAACGGCGUUCUUAGGCUAUGGGAUGCUACCAUCAACAUCUAAAGUCUGUUGAUCCUGAUGUGAAAGUCGUGUUCUGUUCAUCAACCUGUAUGCAUUGUGUUGUUUGUACAUCGACACGUUUUUUUUUUUUUUUUCUUUUCUUGUUUUGAUUCGGGAAAGACAGAUGAUUGAAAUGCUGAAACUGAGAUGCAGUUUUGUUUUCUUUCAA